CGGCGUCGAUUUACACUUCCUAACGGGGCAGAGACCUGGGGCGGCCGCGUGAGCCUGGGGAUAAAAAUGCCUUGUAAACACGGCUACCGAAAUAAACAAUGUCUGGCUCCCGCCGGCUUCUACGGUGCAGGUCUCCCGCCGCCCUUCCCGGGUGCACUGCCCGGGAGGGGAGAGUAGCAGCCCGCAGAGAGGAGCCUGGCUCUAGCACUCCCGCCGGGAGGAGCCGGCGGCCAGAGGCCCGGGCGGGAGAGUGCGGGGCCCGGGAGGCGCGCGGGGCUCCCCGCCGGCCCGAGUGAUGGAGCGCGCCCGCCGGCGUCCUCAGCCCAGCCGCCCUGCGGGCCGGGGGGAGGGAACCGGGCUGGGACGCGGCCCGCCCCGCCGUCCUCCCCUCCCCCCGCGGGGAGCCGCGCUGGUGCGCUCCGGCCAGCUGUGCGCCGCCGAGUGAGGCGCCAGCCCGAGGGCGCCGCCGGGGGCAGCGGCGCGGGCCGCGCAGCUCGGCUCGCGGCGGGGGAAGGCGAGGCUGGGAGAGCGCGGGGCGCGAGGCGCCCGGAGCCGGCCCGUCUCCCGUCCGCGCGGCCCUGCCGCCGAGCCCGCGUCCCCGCCGGCGGGCGCUCCGGGCGGAUCCGGCGGCGAGCGGCUGUGGAGGCGCCUGCUGCACGCGAGAGCUGCGCGCCCCCCGCGGGCUCGGCGGCUUCGCACCGGGAAGCGGAACGCGCGGCCAUGGCCUCCAACUUUAACGACAUAGUCAAGCAGGGCUACGUGAAAAUCCGCAGCAGAAAGCUGGGGAUUUUCAGAAGAUGCUGGUUGGUUUUCAAGAAAGCUUCCAGCAAGGGACCAAGACGGUUAGAAAAAUUUCCAGAUGAAAAGGCAGCUUAUUUCAGAAACUUUCAUAAGGUAACUGAACUGCACAACAUCAAAAAUAUAACCAGACUGCCUCGAGAGACGAAGAAGCAUGCAGUGGCGAUUAUCUUUCAUGAUGAAACGUCCAAGACAUUUGCCUGUGAGUCAGAGCUGGAGGCAGAGGAGUGGUGCAAGCACCUCUGCAUGGAGUGUCUAGGGACCAGGCUCAACGACAUCAGCCUUGGAGAGCCAGACCUACUGGCCGCAGGAGUGCAGCGGGAACAGAAUGAACGAUUCAAUGUUUAUCUCAUGCCUACACCAAAUCUGGAUAUUUAUGGUGAAUGCACUAUGCAGAUCACUCAUGAGAAUAUCUAUCUCUGGGAUAUCCACAAUGCCAAGGUCAAACUGGUGAUGUGGCCUCUCAGCUCCCUAAGGAGAUAUGGUCGAGACUCAACAUGGUUCACUUUUGAGUCUGGAAGAAUGUGUGACACAGGAGAAGGACUGUUCACUUUUCAAACAAGGGAAGGAGAAAUGAUCUAUCAGAAGGUCCAUUCUGCAACUCUGGCUAUAGCUGAGCAACAUGAAAGAUUAAUGCUAGAAAUGGAACAGAAGGCCCGGCUUCAGACAAGCUUGACUGAACCAAUGACGUUAUCCAAAUCCAUCUCCCUUCCUCGUAGUGCCUACUGGCAUCACAUUACUCGUCAGAACAGCGUGGGCGAGAUCUACAGUUUGCAAGGUCAUGGGUUUGGCUCUUCAAAGAUGUCUCGUGCACAGACAUUUCCCAGCUACGCCACGGAACAGGGUGAAGAGGCGCAGCCUCCCUUGUCGCGGUCCAGCAGCUAUGGCUUCAGCUAUAGCUCCAGCCUCAUCCAAUGACACACAGAGGGAACUGCUGAACAGAGACAGUCUCUCCUGGACCUGCCUGCAGGGCCAUUGCGCCCUCUGCCUCCUGGAAGACCAAUUGCAGUACAAAUUGACGUGGGUUGGGUCAAGCCUCAAUCCCAUUGGAAGGUUGAAAACUGGAAUUCUGUUUCCUUGAUUCAGUGGCUAAGUCCUUUAUUUAUUGAAUUUCUAUGGGGGAAUCUAUGUUUUACAGUAGUAGAAUUCAAAUCGUAUGAACAGUCAUUUAAAUAAACAAAAUUUCUUUGGGUCUGACAGUAGCAGAAACCUUGGCACUGGGAGAAGUUCCCCACACUGGUGGUGACUGGGGGGACGGGCACUUACACCUGUCUUCAACACCCGUGCUGCCUCUGAGCACAGGGUCUGUCCUUAGGCAUCAUGCUGGCCUACCACAAAUUUUGUGGCUUUUUCAGUUUUGACAAGGUCAAAUCCAAUAAGCUCUGCAAAUGGCAUCUUAACACUCCAUAUAAAUAAAUCCAGUGCAAAUUAAGGGAAUAUGAAAUUAGAACACUCUGUUCAUCAGGGUCUGGUAGCUCUACUGUCGUGUGUGUGUGUAUGUGUGUGUGUGUGCACACGCGCGUGUGUGUGUAGACAAAUAUAGAUAUGGAUAUUGCUAUAUCCAUCUAUAUAUAACAAGUAUAUAUAAAUGUGUGUGUGCUGAUGGUGACAGGAUAUGCUCACUUCAAUUGUUGAAAACUGUAAUUUGUUGCAUUAAAAUUAAGAUUGUUAUGUUGAAUAGCUAUUUUUAAAAUAGUGCUCUUUAAAAGAAAAGGCUUCUUAUUAGCAAAAGUAUUUAUGUAGUCAAGUCUACGCCUGUUUAAAGUCUGAACACAGUGCGAGAAGAGGAAUCCUUUGCAAGUGAGAGCCUAGCUGUCCUAGCUGUCAGGCUGUCCCACUGUCUGUCUUGUUAGUGUUGCCUUCCUGUGGAAAGUGUUUUUCUCCUCAGCCCUCCUUUUGAGCUCCUGGAGAAAGAUCUGUUGUGAUCACUGAUUAACUUUUAGUUAACCCGGGGGAAAGAGAUGCCAAAUGAAAAACUAAGAAAGAAAAACACACACACAUUUAAAAAUAACUCAGCUAUUUUUUAGUUAAGAGAAGAAAAGCAGACACAGAAUAGUAGCUAUCAACAUUUAAAAUUUCAUGAAUACUAUCCCCGGGGCCAUCUAAUACUUGUAAUUUGCUGUGUAACCAGAACUCCCUGGCUGUUGCUUUCUCUUUACUGAACAUGGUUUGUCUGAGAUUAUAGGUGGGAAAGGAUCAAAUGUAAAUACUUUUGGUCCUGACACUAUUGGCAAAUCUACAAGAUUAAAGGGAAAUAGUGAUUCCCAUAUGAACUGAGGACAUAUGGCUAGUUCAAAUAGAUAUAAAUAGAUGUGCCCCUAAUUUUAGAAGUAAAAAUAAAAGUUAUUCUGCCUGGAGCAUCUGAUAAAAUGUGCCUCAUAUUGGUAUCUCUCAACUAAUCCAGGAUAGGUUUAAAGAACAGUGAGCCUGACCCAUUUUCUUGAUAGCAAAAAUUUUUAUACUAUGAAAAGCAGUUUAUUGAAGGGGUACCUGUUUUGCUGAUGUCUGUUAAGAUCUUUUUCAUACACAUUCAUAGUCUGAGAAUAGACUGACAAUUCAUUUCAGUGAAUUACUGAUGAAUAAAAAUGGUUCCGCUCCUCUUCUUGAUAAAUGUGCACUUACAGCUACCUAGACUCUCCAAAUCACUCAGAUAGAUAUGAAAACCCCAUCAAGAUGCUAAUCAUAAGAGUUAAUGUGGCUGCAAAAAAUAAUUACCCUAAGCCUUCAGGGAUAAAAAGGAAAUUACCCAUACUCUCUGUGCUGUGAAUUUUGCUGGCACAGCAGAAGAACAGAUGACUGAUUCCUUUGGAGGAUACAGGCUUCCCUGCAUUCAGGGUUGACACUUCUGAGUUUCUUUAGCACGUGGCAUUUGCUUUAGAAAUGCCAUUACUCAAAUACACCAGAGCAACUCCCAGCUGAGACCAUUGAGCACAGUUCCUAGUGCAGCCAAUUCAGAGCGAACUCUUGCUGCCUCACUCAGUCGAGCUGUUGCUUAGACACCAGAAGUUUCUACAAGGGACUUAUGGGGAAAGGCCCUCAGGGGUCCUGGUUCAGGUCUCAGCUUUAUUAAUGUGCCAGAAGCACAGACAGCGGAUCCAGGGGGAUUCUGCUAAUUGAGUGACUCUGCUCUGUGUCUCUUCGGUGGGAGACAAGUAUCUGCAUGCAUUGCUUCCAGAACACUGUUGGGUUCUGAUCUUCCCUAGUGAGCUAAAUGAGAAGGAAUAACCUUGGGCCAGUUUGCUCAGACAAUAAUGACACAGGAAAUGUGUAUGAGACAUUUACUUCCCAAGGCUUUCAUCCAAUCUCAUCACAAUGAGAGUCAGGCUAUAGAAUAUCUCAUGGUGUAGUUUUAGAGCUGUAUUCUAGCAUUCUCCUCCAAGUGUACUUCCAACUGUGUUAAAACUGUAAAAUGAACAAAUAGAAUUUAUAGUAACCUCAUACACUUGACAAAAGAUAGUGUUCAUUUGUAAUAAAAAUGACAAGCAGAUAGAGCUAUAAGACCAAAGAUGGCAAGUCAUUGGUACCAGUUUCUUAGAACUUCAUAAAAAUCAGCUCCACUGGAACGAUUAGCAUAGCUGUGGGAAUGUGUUCAACUCUUCUGAGUGCGUAGGUUCUUGACUGAAGAUGACUACCAUGCAAGUCCUUUCCCCCUCCAGAGAGUCACAUUCAGUCAACUUUCUCAUGGUGAGGAAGAGCUUGCUGUGAACCAAAGACAUCUUUUGGCUCCUGAAAGUGACUCAACUAGCGUUUCAACCAGAUUAGUACAUGUAAAUAAAGAUAGUCACCAUUUAUAUAUCGGUUUCAUAGAGCAAAUGAUCAAGGAACCCCACAUAUAAUAAAGUCUCUUCUGAAAGCAGAGACAGCCCAAAACGUAUUUCAUAGAAAGAUUUAUGAGGGAUCUAUUUUUCAUGUCCCCAAAUAUUUCUUCUGAUAAUUUUAAUUGAUGUGCACAUAGCCAAUAUAUGACAUUAUAUUUAAGGUGCAGAAAAAUACACAAUGAAUUUGACCCAGCGGUUCACUAUUCUCGGGGUGGGGAUAAAACACAUCUUUCCCUUAUGUAUUGGACAAACAGGCACUCAGAUAAUUUAUUUAGGCAGGCUACAAAUAUUUAUGAAUUUAUAGGUUCUGGCCACUGCCAAAAUUUAAAUUUUAUAAAAAAAAAUAUACAUUUAGUUACUUAUUAGGGAGGAUGAUGUUUGCCAGAGCAUGUGAACUAAACUCCACCUCUUUCACCAACUAGUAGCCACAGCACUAGUGCUAGUAUCUUGUGCAAGUCUUUACUGUCUUUAUUGGGCAGUUCUGUUUGAAAAACAUUUUUCACCUAUAAAAUGAUUGGCCUCUACUAUGUUCUAUCUAAUAUAGAAACAGUGGCCUGAAAAAUAUCUUUACACUGUUAGUAGUAGUUUCUACAGAUCCAAUUUACUGCAUGUGGUAUCUUUAUAGUAGAUAUUAAAAAUGUAUCAGACAGAUUGAUGUCUAUUCAUUAUUUGGCUAAUAUCUCAAAUAACCUUGCAGAAAAGCAUGAGCACAUUACUCCCUUGAUUACUGGAACAAUUUACUGUCCUAAUGUCAACAUUAGUGCUAUUGGAAAGAAGCCAGGGAAAUUAUAUUCUUAUAAAAAUCUUAUAAAAACACAGCACAACAGACAAUAUACAUCCAGAGGGGAUGAGCUGUAGACUUGUUAACACUUCAAGUUUUACAAGAAAAACUAAACUAAUAACUGAUCAAAGUGACAAACACAUAUUCUCCAAUUCUAUUAACAUGCCUAUCAAUAUCUUACAUUUCAAAUUACAUUAUAAAUAACUACAUAUUCCCAGACCACUUCCUUUUCAGAAUAGAUCAAAAUUUACCCCAGGUAUGUAUUAAUAAUUAUCACAACAGGUUAUAUGUCACACAUAUUAAUAUCUAGCCUGUGAAAUUUUUAGGGUGUAUAUGUAUAAGCUAUGAAACUUAUAGGGUGCCAUUUACCAUGGAAGGAAUAAAGAAGGGUGGUGACCUGUCAGGAGGAUAAUUUAGGUAAAAUGAUAAAGAAUCCACUGAAAUGUCAAGAGCAACACUUACAGUACUUUGCUAAAAAUCAAACCCAGUUCAGUGUCACACACUUGGCCUUUUUCACUUUUUUGCAUCAUUUCUAUCUUGUGAAAAAAAUUUAACACAGUCAAACAUGCAACAAAAUCCCCAUACUAAAAUGUAUCUUCAAUAAUGAGUCAUUAUUCUAUGGCCAAAUUCAUUUUAGUGUUACCAUGAAUAUGCACUAUCAUGAUAUAUAUGGCUAGGGGCUAAAUAUAUGAGAAAAGAUUAACGAUGUCACAUGUUUUCCCAGUAUACAUAUUAGAAGACUACCCUUUUCUCUGCAGAACUACCACAAAUCCAUACUUUCUUACUCAAGAAUGUGAACUUUGUUGUAUUUCCACAAUUGUUUCAACAGAGGAAGCAUUAGAUAGCUGACACACUCAUAGAAGCAUGAAAUGCCGGGCAUAUUUUCUACACGGGCAGAAUGCUAGCCAGCUCUAGAAGCUCUCUUAAAGGUCAGAUAGAAUAGAAGUUUCACUUUGCUUUCCUCAAGAGAAAACUGAAAUCCAUGGAUGCUGUAUUUUGUGAAAUGCAAAGAAGUGGCCAGGAAUAGUUACUCCUAGUUCCAGGGUUCGUGUCCAGGAGUGUUUCCUCAGCUCCCCCUUGUCUUCCAGUUAAACCUAGUGCAAGUUGAGAAAUACCACAUGGCAACAUCAUAAAAAUGUAUGUUUAAGAGUUUUCCCAUAUUUUUGAGAUGCUAUUAUUCUUCUUGGAUUCAGCAUCAAUCACAUCCUUCAGAAGGCUUUCUGAGACAAUCCAUUAGACUUGUCGUAGGCCAUGAAUGACUGGUAUAAACUUUAUUACUCUUAAAUCAUCAUCCAAUUACUUGUUUGUUUAAAAUUUAGACUUGGGCUGGGGACAUAGCUCAGUGACACAGCACCUGUCUGGCAAGUGCAAACUCUUGGGUUCAUUUCCCAGUACCAACAAAAUAAAUAAAACUCAGACUAAUUAUCAUAAAAUAAUAGUAAAAAAAUUUACCAGUGGUGUGUAUUUUGAUAUCCUGAUAAUCCCUUGUAUGGUAAUCAUGACUAUUAUUUUGGAAUCUUUAUCCCUCCAUAGCAUUUUAUGGUGUCAUUACUUAUGGUGCACAACUGUUAGAUAAUUAUACUAUUAAAGCUACAUUUUUUCAUAUGAUCCUCAAAUAGUUUCCAACUUCAGAUAUUUCAAAAAUUACUUGUUUUGCAUUAAAAUAAUUUAUGGCUUCAGUAUUUGUUUAUAGGCAAUCAUUUACAUUUACUUGUUUAGACAAAUAAAAAAUAAUCUAAAAGUAUUUAACACAUAAAAGCCACAAUUUAUUUACAAUUUUCAGACACAUUCCCCUGAUUUUACUAUCUUGAACAUAAAACAUGAAAAAUGAAUUUGUAAAAGAAUCGUUCCUUCUAAUAAUUUCAUUAAACAAAUCUGUUUUUUACCAUCUCUUCCACACCUUCUCUUCAAGUCCAUAUUCUAUAUAUCAACUCUCGAAAGAAUAAAUGGGGUAAAGAUUCUAAUUAUUAUUUGGGGCCAAUUCUACUAGUUAAUACAGUUAACUUUGUCAGUGUAUUCCUGCGUGUUGGGAUAGUUUUAGACUGAGAGUGUGAAAUAAACCCUUUCUCUAGACACGGAAUUACGCACUGAGAGGGCUGGGCAUAUGCCCUAACUCUGAUAGUGCUGAGACCCACAGUCUUAAAAAGAAUUGCAUCUUAUCAGGUCUACAAAAUUUAAAACUCCAAAUACAGCUUAAAAAAUAAGAAUAAGAUAUGAUUUAGUGUUUUAAAGUCACUGUGAGAGUUCUUCAAAGAAAACAUCCUAUAGGGGAUUUUAUAAUGGUUUCAGAUCAUUGCCUAUUUGAUGGAGGGACUGAAAGGCGUCAAGACGAAGAACAAACUAAUAAAUAUUAGCCUGAUAUUCAAUAUCAAUCCAAAAUUAACAUAAUGAAAGAAUGAUUUAUCAACUUCAGAUUCACAAAUCUGAUAUAGUUCAAGUAGCGAUAUUUACUUUUGUCAGUAUAAAUUAAUUAAUACAUGUCCAUGGAUGACGUAGAGGAAAUGGGGUCCAGUUGUCACAAUGGAGUAUGAUUCUUUCCUGUUAUAAGACAUUCUAUUAUUUUAGAAUGCAUGGAUCAGCACAUGAAUAGCAUUAACAAAUCAAUUUGCUCUAGAUAUGAGGGUCGGUGUCAUCUUUAAAACAGAUGACAGGAGACCUCGCAGGAUCUAGGAUUUUUCCUUUGUCCCUAGUCCAACCUUCUCUCUCUCUCUCUCUCUCUCUCUCUCUCUCUCUCUCUCUCUCUCUCUCUCUCAUAUACACACAGUCACAUGCAUGCACACACACACAAAAAAAAAUUUUUUUGACCCACUCUUUCACUGAAGUUACCAUUUUUCUUUUCAUGUCUACACAGAAUAACCCCGCCCUGAAAAAUCUUUAUCCCUAUGAAUCUCUAAACUAUCUUAAAUUAUGUUAUAUCUUUGCUUUAUGUAAAUUUUUAUUUAAUUAACUUAUAUGUUCUCUGUGAAAUCUUAUAUUGUACAUUAUAGAGGGAUGUCAUUUGUAGUUCACUAAAUGUUAUUUUGAUAAAAAUAACUUUGGACAUUAAGCUAUUCUUAAAAUACCCACUAUAAAUUUGCUUCUGUUGGAAAAUAUAUGAUCUAACAUAUAUUGUUGGUCAUAAUCUAUUACAGAUUAAUAAUAAUCUUGGCACAUCUGUACUUAAAUACUAGUGAAAAUAUUUUUCUGGAAUGAAGUGUAAAGAAUAGCUGUCUCUGAAACCUAAAUGUGAAUUUCUGACAACUGAAAAUAUAAUAAUGAGGCAAUAAUAAAAUUAGGAAAUUUGAUUAUUUUUAAAUCUGUCUGUGUGAUUCUUCCCCUUGGUAAAAAGAUGUGAAGAACAUAGCUGAAUAUUAUUCUGAAUAUGAACAAAUAUCCUGUAAAAAUAAAGCUAAUCUAUUGUUAUAAAUGUCAUAUAACCCAAGAAAUAUACAAAUGAUCCUGCUAUAAGGAGGAUAAUUUAUAGUUGUGUAAUAUUAACAUUUCCUUCACCACUUAAAAAGUAAAGCAGUUAAAAUACUAAUUUAUAUGACAAAUUUACAUGGUUGAAAUCUUGACCAAAUAAACUGGUGGUUUUACCCAUGGGUGCUUGAAUAUUGCUAAUGUUAAAUGUUAAAUAAAUUCUUUACAUUUUUGUUAUCAUGUGAUGAAGUAUAAUUAUGUAAUUAAUCUGACAAUCAUAUUCUGCUAGCUUUUAAAAUGUUACUUGUUCCUUUAUUAGCUUGCUAUUUUCAAAAUAAAGUGAAAGAAAGCCCUUUAUUAAAUGUAAUGGUACUGAGAAUUUAUUAUGCAGUAGUGUUUUCCUAGCCCUAUCUUAUAACGUGAGUCUAUUAGUUUGGUUCUGAAUCAGUAUAAUGAGAGCAUAAUGAUAUUGAAAACGACAUUAAAGUUCAAUACACCUUC